AGCCGGGACGGGCGGUUCUGGUACGACGACGGGAACAUCAUCAUCAUCGCUCAAGGUAUCGGGUUUCGCGUGUUCAAGGGCCUGCUCGCCGCAGAAUCCGAUGUAUUUCGCGACAUGUUCACUCUCGCCAAACCUGCUCCGGAUCUCUCGCGGGAACUGGUCCCGGACGACUGUCCCGUUGUCCACGUCACGGAUACCGCGGCCGAAAUUCGUUCGCUCCUGGCAAUGCUUUUGGGUGGUAGACAGUAUAUGCGACGCGUCAAGUUCGAAUUUGACGAUGUUGCGAAUUGCAUGCGUCUCGCGCACAAAUACGGCAUUCAGGACUUGGUCGAGGAUUCACUGGAGGAACUGAAGCGAUAUUUUCCGGAGGAUUUUGAAUCCUGGGAGAAGAGCCUCGUCUGUGAUCAACUCACAAAGGCUAUCACCGCCGUGAACUUGGCACGUCUCACCAAUAGUCUGUCGAUCCUCCCCGCUGCUCUAUACCGCUGC